UGCCAGCAGAUAUUCCAUUCCUGGAGAAUAUGGAGUGUUGUUGUUGUUCUUCUUCUUUCCCUUCCACCCUCAACUUCCAGGGUGGUUCCUCACAUGUGGGUAGAAGGUUUUCUAAGAAUUGCUUACAACCCCAGUUGCUGUGCUCUCCACUUCCUCAACCCUUUCUUCAACUUAAUAACAGACCAAGGUUUCUUUACCAACCAAGGUUAGGUUGUCUUUCAUCUAGAAGAUCCAGACUUCAUGUAUCAGCUGAAGCUGGAAGACAGAAUUGGGACUUGGGCAGAUUUUUAAAGACGUUGUAUUUUUUCAAUGGACCUCCUUCUCCUGCAAAGUUUGUUGAAUUUAUAAUUGAGAAAUUAUCUGGUCCAUCGCCCCAAGAGUCAACCAAGAGAAUGGGAACUUCUGAUGUCAUUCUAGUGACUGGAGCUACUGGUGGUGUUGGUAGAAGAGUUGUUGACAUCUUGCGGAAAAAAGGGUUGCCUGUUCGAGCACUGGUCAGAAAUGAAGAGAAGGCAAGAAGGAUGUUAGGGCAAGAUAUUGAUUUGAUUGUUGGAGACAUUACUAAAGGGAGCACUUUGGAUCCUAAGUACUUCAAAGGAGUUAGGAAAGUCAUAAAUGCUGUUUCUGUCAUUGUUGGCCCAAAGGAAGGUGACACUCCUGACAGAGCAAAGUACAGUCAAGGAAUCAAGUUUUUUGAACCAGAGAUCAAAGGUGAUUCACCUGAAAUGGUGGAGUAUGUUGGCAUGAAAAAUUUGAUUAAUGUUGUGAAGGAUAGUGUUGGACUUCAAAAUGGAAAAUUGCUUUUUGGAUUUGAAGAUGGUACUUUCACUGAACUUGCUUGGGGAGCUUUAGAUGAUGUUGUAAUGGGGGGUGUUAGUGAAAGUACAUUUCUGAUAGAUAGGAAUGGUGGUGAGAAUGGUGGACCAACUGCCCUUUUUGAAGGCACUGUUUCAACUGCAAACAUGGGUGGCUUUACUAGUAUCAGAACCAAGAAUUUUGCCAAACCUGAGGAUCUCUCUGCAUAUGAGGGAUUGGAGCUAAGGCUAAAAGGUGAUGGUCGUCGCUAUAAGCUAAUUGUUCGCACUAGCGCUGAGUGGGAUACCGUAGGCUAUACAGCUAGCUUUAAUACUGCUGCAGACCAAUGGCAGUCAAUACGUAUACCAUUCUCUUCAUUGAGGCCUAUAUUUCGAGCAACAACUGUGUUUGAUGCGCCACCCUUUGAUCCAAGCAAUAUUGUAUCACUGCAGCUCAUGUUCAGCAAGUUUGAAUCUGAUGGGAAACUGAAUCCCACUUUCACUGAGGGACCAUUUCAACUUCCUUUGUCAAGCAUACGGGCAUAUCUAAAGGAUCCCAUUACUCCCAGGUUUGUACAUGUGAGCCCUGCCGGAGUUACUCGACCAGAUAGGCCUGGACUUGACCUUAGUAAACAACCACCUGCUGUGCGCUUGAACAAGGAAUUGGGUUUUAUUCUCACAUUCAAAUUGAAGGGGGAGGAUUUAAUUCGGGAAAGUGGAAUACCAUAUACAAUUGUAAGGCCUUGUGCACUAACAGAGGAGCCUGCUGGUGCAGAUCUCAUUUUCGAUCAAGGAGACAACAUAACGGGGAAGAUAUCAAGGGAAGAAAUUGCUCGCAUAUGCAUUGCUGCCUUGGGAAGUCCAUUUGCAUGUGACAAGACAUUUGAGGUCAAAAGUGUGCUUCCAUUCAGUGAGCCAUUCACAAUUGACCCUGAAAACCCACCUCCAGAAAAAGACUAUGAUGUAUAUUUCAAAACGUUGAAGGACAGCAUUACAGGGAAAGAAGCUUUGGAACAAAGUCCCAUUGCAGUCUGAUGCACAGGUCCAUUUCCAACCUUACCUUGCAGUCUUUAACAAGAUGAAGGAUGUCUCUGUUAAUAUCUUAGAUUGUCCAGAUAGUAAAUGAUAGAAAUAAAGUGAACAGAUCUUUGAAGUAUUAAUAUUAUUAGAAAACGUUACCAUAUACAAUUUUUCAUACUUAAGAUUGAAAAUGAGAGGUAUGGUAUUCAUUGCAAUUGUCAUAUGUGAUGAUUCAAAUUUAAAUGCUGUCAGAUUGAUGGUGCCAUAUACAAUGUUUAUUAUCUAGUUUCUUGAGAAAAGAGGGGAAGAAAGAAAGGAAAAGCAUUAGGAAUCAAAGGGAAAGGAGGGGAGAGGAUGGAGAAUCUUUGUUAGAAACAAAGCUAGUAGUAGAGAGGUCCAUGCUGUCAUCUGCUCAUGCUAAUGUAGCUCUCCAUCUGUAAUUGUAUGUACUUAUAUGGCUACAUUGGAUUUGGAGAAGUUCACCGUUUUAGAAGAAAGAAGCAAGAAGUACUUGGUUGGAAAGCGCUUUGCAAUUCCUUUUCAUUUCUGCAAAAUGAGCUAUCAUAUGGUGCAGACUGCAGAGCAGCAACAGUUGUCUUUGAAAGUAUCUUAUACCCUAUUUGGACAGAUUGCUAAAGAAAACAAAUUCUUCUGUCAGGCUGGCCUGUUAUUUCCUUUACAAUUGCAUGCAACUUUUCUACCCUUACUUUUUUAAUUUUGAGAUUUUUAAUAAUCAAAAACAGAGCAGCACAUUAUGUGUGUGUAUUAUUUCCAUGUGAUCCAAUCAUGACUUAACAGCUCCUUUCCAUCAAUACUUCCAUAGGAACAAAUUAUAACUUUGAGAAAGAAAUUCCAAUGUAAACGAACUAAUUCAGAAACAUGCCUAUAAUUUUGGUAUUGUACUAAUAACAGAACCAGCUUGAGAUUGAAAUUUACAUAAAAUGUAUAUGGUUAA